AUGAAUAAAGAAUACAAACAAAAGAAAAAGAAGAAAAAAAGACAGCGUGGUCAGGACAAAGAGAGACUCAAAGAACCAGGGAAAUCCAAACAAAAGAGAAAGCCAGCCAACCAGCCAAAAACUCAACAUCAAGAAAGUAACUAUGUAUCCCCAUCCCAUCAAAAUCCUGCCCAAACAACACUCGCCCCCCCCAUUCUACAAUAUAAAUACUCCCCCCCUAUAUCCCCAUUACCAUCUCUUCCCACUCCCACUCCCAUCUAA